CAAAAGUGACAGCGUUUUUGACAAGUCAGACUCCUCACUUUUUGACUUGCUACAUUGUACCUGAACGACAUGCUACGACAAGGCAUUGCUAGGAUCUCCUCUAGACAAGUGCGCAACCUCACACCAAGUGUGAAUCGCAUAGCGUUUAACGCUGCAAAACACACACCUACCAAAGCGCCUGGCAUCAUAUUCCAAGCGGUUCGCGCCAUUGGCAGCACGGCUAGUGCUCCAAAGCAGCUCCUACCGAAGCAAUUAGUCAUGCCGUCUCGAGCAUUUGCAACCCAAGUGUCCGAAAACCCCUUUUUGAACUGGCAGCUGUUUCCUGAUUUCCAGAAUCUGCUCACCCAGUGCAAGCCAGCUACCGCUAUUCCCAUAUUUGAGAAGUUUCUGGACAACGCUGAGCAACAGUUCAAGCAAUUGGAGACUAACUUCAAACCCACUUGGGAGGGAUCCAUUGGCCUUGUCCAAAAAUUGGAAGACGACAUUAGCAGAGCGUAUGGUAUUUUAGCUCACUUCAAUGGAGUUAAAAAUUCAGAUGACAUUAGACAAACUUUAGAGGCUCUGCAGCCCAAGAUUGUCAAACUGGGUUUGCAACUUAAUCAAUCGCUUCCAAAGUACAAUGCUCUACUCGAACUCAGAGAAACUGCAUCCUCGUGGAACGCGCUAGAUGCCACGCAAAAGCGCAUUGUAGAGCAAACUUUGCGUGAUAUGAAACAUGCUGGUGUAGGAUUUGCCCCCGGUUCACCAGAGAAAAUCCGCUUCAACGAAAUUCGAGAACGUCUAUCUAAACUAUCGCUUACGUUUGGCAACAAUGUUCUUGAUGCCACCAAAGCUUACAAAGAAGUGGUUGACAAGUCUCACUUGUCUGGAUUAUCCGACAAAUUUCUAGAAACUCUAUCCAAAAAUGCCAAGCGUUUGGGAAUUGAACACGAAGGUGCAUAUUGCAUUACGUUGGAUUUUCCCAUUUAUGGGCCUUUCAUGCAAAACUGUAGCAACCGAGCUCUACGAGAAAAAGUUUACCUAUCUAAUAUUGUAAAGGCAUCAACGGGAAAGGUCAAUAACGAGCCCAUCAUCAACGAGAUUUUGGCACUUCGGCAAGAAGAGUCUGAGCUCCUUGGCUACAAGACCUAUGCUGACCUCUCCUUGUCGGUAAAAAUGGCUCAGAGUGUUCCGGCGGCUGAGGAGCUACUGGACAGGCUUUUUGACGCUUCUGUCAACCCUGCUAAAGCCGAGUUGUCUAAACUUACUGAUUAUGCUGCUGAAAUUGGACACCCUACUCCCCUCGCUGCAUGGGACAUCUCCUACAUCUCGGAGCAAUAUCGCAAGCAUUUAUUCAAGUAUGAUGAAGAGACCAUUGCACAGUAUUUUGCACUCCCAAAAGUUUUGGAUGGUCUAUUCACUGUCGCUAGUGAAGUUCUUGGUGUUGAUGUAGAAGAAAUAGAUGCGGCCGAACAACGAGCGAUGGGCAUCACAACUUGGCAUAAGGAUGUCAAGGUCUUCAAAGUCACCGAAGGUGAAGAAGUGCGAGCCUACUUCUAUGGAGACUUUUACUCCCGUCCUGAAGAGAAACGCAGCGGUGCUUGGAUGGAUACAGUUACUACUCGAUCAAAGGAUAAGAAUGGAAGCGUACGCAUCCCAGUUGCAUACUUGAUUUGCAACCAACCUGCUCCCGCGUCUGCUGAUGAACCGUCUUUGAUGAAAUUCAGAGACGUUGAGACAUUGUUCCACGAGUUUGGUCAUUGUCUACAACACAUGCUCACGACGGUUGACUACCCUCAAGCGUCAGGUAUCAAUGGUGUGGAAUGGGACUUUGUCGAGGUGGCAUCGCAGUUUAUGGAAAACUUCUGCAACGAACCUGAAUGGCUUAACAAGCACACUGGACAUUACAAAACGGGCGAGCCUAUGGAACAAGGGAUGGUUGAUGCUCUGAUCAAGAACCGAGAAUUCCUAAGUGGUUUAGCAACUUUACGUCAGAUUCACUUCUCCAAGACCGAUCUCUUCCUCCAUGCUUAUUUCAAUCCACCAAAAAGCUCCAGUGACAAGAGUGUGUUUGACGUGGAAGCAGAGCUCGCAAAGAAGACAGUACUUUACCCUCGUGUUCCCGAGGAUCGCUUCCUCUGUAGCUUUAGUCACAUAUUUGGUGGAGGCUAUGCUGCUGGAUAUUAUAGUUACAAGUGGUCCGAAACCUACUCUGCUGAUGCUUACGCAGCAUUUGAGGAAGCUAUGUCAAAGGAUGGACAAAAGGGUGUUCGGGAGGAAGGAAAGUUAUACCGCGAUACUGUCCUUGCUUUAGGUGGCGGUACCCCUCCCCAGGAUGUAUGGAAGAUGUUCCGUGGUAGACCCGAGGUGAACAUUGACGCUUUACUUCGUCAUUCAGGCUUGUUGUCCACCUCCAAAUAAAAUCAGUUGAAUGUGUUGAACAUCAGUAGGCCCAAUAGGGUGAACCUGAAUUUUGCAAUAAUCCACAAUUUAUACAUGAAUAUAGAGUCUACUUUAUCCUCUAGACAAUAUUUUUAUAUUUUGAAACAUCUGCCUUCUUGUGGUUCUACUGUACAAUGAAUUGUUUUUGACCGUUUCUUUUCAAUCCAAAAAAAAAAAAAAGCAACAUUAAAUUAAGCUUUUGUCUGUCUCUAGCAUUCAAUAUUUGAUGGGAAAAAAAUAUAUAACAUCUAUGUACCGUUUACUAUGACAUUUGUACACACUGGUAACUAGGGAAUACCAGUUCAUCAUCCAAUAUUUUGCGCAAUUGAUCAAUAAUGAAGCGUUCAAUCUUGUUUACGUUUUUGAGCACUGCCAAGGAAAACAGCA